AGAUUUAGCUUUAGAACUGUGCGACCAACUUCCGCUAUCGUUUUGUGAAACAUCCUUUAAACAUUCUAGCAGAAACUAAGAACCUCCUAGUUUAAUAAUGUCGCGACAGAGUGGGAGAUCAAAUGAUCCUCGAAAAGUAAGUGGGGAAUUAUUGACCCUUACCUACGGAGCUUUGGUUGCUCAGCUUGUUAAGGACAGCGAAUCCGACGAUGAAGUUAACAAACAAUUGGAUAAAAUGGGCUAUAAUAUAGGAAUACGUUUAAUAGAAGACUUUCUAGCCAGAUCUAGUAUAGGAAAGUGUAAAGACUUGAGAGAAACAGCUGAAAUUAUAUCCAAGAAUGGAUUUAAAAUGUUUUUGAACAUAACUCCAAUCGUUGCAAACUGGAAUCAAUCCGGAGACGAAUUCUCUCUCAUUAUCGACAAUAAUCCUUUAACGGAAUUUGCAGAAUUACCUGAUGAACAUAAAUCACUUUCGUAUUGUAACAUACUGUGUGGAGUAGUUAGAGGAGCUUUAGAAAUGGUUCAGUUGGAAGUUGAAACGAAAAUUGUUCAGGAUCAAUUAAAAGGUGACAACGUAACCGAAUUGAAAGUAAAAUAUAUAAGAAAAAUAGAAGAGGCUGCGCCUGCCGGAGAUGAUUGAAUGAAGAAAUAUUCCCAAUAAACUCAUUUCUUCACUUCAUUUGGUGCAUGGACUGAUAGUAAAAUGUUAAAUAGUUUAUGGUUAUUUCAAUAACUAUUAUAUAACUUCUAAUAACAUCAAGAAUACAGUAAAUUUAGCUGACUAAAUAGGGAGUUAUUUGUUUGUAUUACAUAUUCAAGUUUUAAACUUACAGUCAAUUAUUAAAGUUAAAACCUAUAAAAACGUAGAAAAGCAAUUUGACAUACACAUAAUAUGUAUUAUUAUA